AUGGCCAUCGCGCCAUCAGCCUCAACACCCACCACCGUGCUGCCUGCUCCUCCGGCCAACAGGCAAACAGCCGCCGUGUCGGCUUCUGCCUGCUCUCACGCCGGCGCCAAAAACGUCAAAAUCAACAGCAUCAGCAUCCUCCAGAAGAUAAGGGAUCCAAACGGCCCUCUCAAACGCUCCAUCCGCCCAGCCAUGGAUCGCGGGGAUCGCACCAGCUUUUCGAGCAUCAAGGAGGGCGAUUCAGGCGUGGCCCAGACUUUUACCACGUCCAAGACCUCUAGCUAUCUGAGGAACAGAUAUGAUGCCGGCGGCGUGGAUGAAGAGGAGGCGAUUGACGAUGGUUCCAUCACGCCCCCCGAGGAUGCCUUGGGCGUGUCGACGACGGCGGGCACGACCUUGCUCCAGGGAUAUGUCUGUCCCUGCGACACGUUCCAGGGCUGGAAAUCCAUCAGCCUCGGGGGAAGAAUGGCCAGCAAGAGCAAGAGCUUCAGCGACUUGAGACCCUUAGGAAAUCGAUGGGCUUGGGAUGGGCAAGUCGAGGCCCCCCCGGCCGCACUGGAGGCGCCGGUGGCCAAGGUCCGUGGCAAGUAUCCACCGGGUCGGUCACAGAUUGAGACGUUACCGAUGGAAUUGCUUGGCACGAUUAUUGACCAGCUUUCCACCGAUAUCCCCCCCAAUGGCUUCACUGCUCGGAAUAUUGACUUGAUGUCCCUGUUGCUUACGUCACGGACGAUGCACGCGGCAACUCUAGCAACCCUCUACAACCACAUCACGAUUCCUCACUCGCGGAUCUUCCGCAAGUUCCUAUCUCACGUUUCCGAGCAUCCUCCGCUAGGGACGAUUGUCCGGCGGCUUGAUUUCUCUCACUUCAACCCAACAGGGUCGGGAAUCACUGCCCGGGAGCGCGCUCAGACCUUGAACCUCAUUCCGCAAACCCUCCUUCAAUGUCUGUCACUCACUCCAAACCUUCGCGAGUUCUUGGCUCAAGAGCACAUCGAUGAUGAUCUGGACUCUGAGGUCAUCCAGAAGCUACUUUGUGGCCUUCCCAUGCUGACAGCACUCGACUUUUGUGCCUGCUCGUCCACAUCCUUUAGGGACUCUUUCAACGCCGUCAUUCACGCCUCGCCAUCCCCCCUCCCAGCUAUUCUUCCGAUAACACGGUUGAGCUUACAUGAGUGCUCUAUCCUUGACUCCACAAUAUUCUCCGCCCUUUUGCCUCGCCUCCCACAUCUGACCCACCUAGAUGUUGCACAUACACGAAUCACCAACAGCGCUCUAUUUUCCAUCCCGAAAUCCGCUCGUCUUACGCACCUGAAUCUGAGUAAAUGUACUUACCUCACGGGGCCCGAAGUCGUUGAAUUCCUCAGCACCCACCCCGCAGCACAAACGCUCGUCUGCCUAAACCUCGCCAUGGAUAUCAAGUCCCAUGAAUUGCUAGGUAGCGAUGAUGUCACGGCUCUUUUGCCUGUUCUUCCUUCAUCUCUUCGCUCCCUCAAUCUCAAAGGAUGUGAAAUGAAUGCGUCACACAUUCCACUUCUCCUUCCUCUUACCAAGCACGUCGAAGAACUAGGGCUCAGUCGCAAUCUAGAACUCGCCGAUAUCACGCGCCUCUUUAUCCCCGAUGAGAAUCUGUCGAUUGAAGAGCAGGUUGAUUGGAUCCCUCACACUGUAUGCUAUAUCGACGUCUCAGAUCUCUCGAUAGAUGCAUUAGAUCUGGGAACGCUCUUCGGAAUGCGUUGCCUCGUACUGAAGAGUGUGACUGCGCCAUUGACAGUGCUUGAGGUCAGCGCGGAGGUGUUCAAGAAAUUGGAGAAGAGUCCCGCGGUGAAAAGAGUCGGAUGGUGUCUAAAGGAUGCAGGCAGACGAUACUGGCUUGUACGGAUUCAAGAAGACGGCCAGCCUUUCGAUGAUGGGCUGCGAGACUGGAAGUGGGGUGCUUCUUACUGGGGCAUGCGGAAGAUCCCCGUUGCGAGAGCGGAGGUGGGCGGUAUGUAUGGCCAUUACAUGUUUAAACGUUAA